AUGUUACCUAUGAUUAACCUACGUGCAAUAAACUCAUCCCUCGAGAUGUCAUCCCCGGUGCAGCUGAACCUAGAAGGUAUAGAUUUUAUGGACCUCAAAUUUCUGUCAGUUGCAUUAAGAAAAGGUGAAAUUAAAAACAGUGAAAGUGAAAAGGCAAUUGUGGUGAUUAAAAGUGUUAGCUUAUGGACCAUUUUAUUUUCUCCUGUAAACGAGAACUUCGAACUUGAGGAAGAAGGUGUUAUGGGUGGCGAGACCCACCAAGAUGUCCGCAUCAGCAGAAUAUUCUAA